AUGGCUGACUUCGACUCAGGUGGCUGCCUCACCUACACGGGGCCUCCACCAGGUGGCUGCCUCACCUACACGGUGCCUCCACCAGGUGGCUGCCUCACCUACACGGGGCCUCCACCAGGUGGCUGCCUCACCUACACGGUGCCUCCACCAGGUGGCUGCCUCACCUACACGGGGCCUCCACCAGGUGGCUACCUCACCUACACGGUGCCUCCACCAGGUGGCUGCCUCACCUACACGGGGCCUCCACCAGGUGGCUGCCUCACCUACACGGUGCCUCCACCAGGUGGCUGCCUCACCUACACGGUGCCUCCACCAGGUGGCUGCCUCACCUACACGGUGCCUCCACCAGGUGGCUACCUCACCUACACGGUGCCUCCACCAGGUGGCUGCCUCACCUACACGGUGCCUCCACCAGGUGGCUGCCUCACCUACACGGUGCCUCCACCAGGUGGUUGCCUCACCUACACGGUGCCUCCACCAGGUGGCUGCCUCACCUACACGGUGCCUCCACCAGGUGGCUGCCUCACCUACACGGUGCCUCCUCCAGGUGGCUGCCUCACCUACACGGUGCCUCUACCAGGUGGCUGCCUCACCUACACGGUGCCUCCACCAGGUGGUUGCCUCACCUACACGGUGCCUCCACCAGGUGGUUGCCUCACCACACGAGUGCCUCCUGGGUGGCUGCCUCACCUACACGGUGCCUCCACCAGGGCUGCCUCACCCUACACGGUGCCUCCACCAGUGGCUGCCUCACCUACACAGUGCCUCCACCAAGUGGCUGCCUCUACAGUGCCUCCUCCAGGUGGCUGCCUCACCCUACACGGUGCCUCCACCAGUAAACAUGUACCCGUAGACGCAGUAAAGACUAGAAAUACCAAUAACGGCCCCCACACAUAUCAUAGAUGGUGUGCAGGCGUAACAGAAGAAGGCGAAGCAGUGGACAGCCCUAUGGUAGUGUGA